AAUCGCACCCGAAGCUGAUUUGAUCAUUUGAUCAUCGAAAACGGAACAUUGAUGAUUGAUGAGGAAGUGCGCUUGGAAAACAGAAGGCAGGCUGAAAUCCACGUGAUAACUGCCGGUAACCUGGUUGUUAACAAAAAGUAAACAGUAAAGUUUGUGACGUGCACUCUGUCUUUGCUGUUACACCUCUUUUUUUUUUCUCCAGAAAAAUAAUUAAAGAUGCCUAGCUCAAAGACAAUCAAGCUUUCUGAGCAGCAGGAAUAUACUCUCCUGGAUCACUUGAGCAUUUUGGAUAUUGAUGCUCCUACGUCACAUAUUAGGCUAACUGGAAUAAUUUGUACAAUUGGUCCUGUAUCAAGGGAUGUAAGCAUGCUAGUUAAUAUGAUAGAUUCUGGUAUGAAUAUUGCACGAAUGAAUUUUUCGCAUGGAACGCAUGAUUAUCAUGCUGGUACCAUUAAAAAUGUUCGUGAGGCCGAGAAGAUAGUUACUACUCGGAAAGAUCACCCAUGUGUAGCUGUCGCAAUUGCUUUAGAUACUAAAGGACCUGAAAUAAGGACUGGUUUAUUGAAUGAGGGCCCAUCAGCUGAAGUUGAAAUUGUUAAAGAUUCUGUUGUAACACUCUCAACAAGUGAUGCUUAUAAGGAAAAAUGUUCUUCUACUAUUGUAUAUGUUGAUUACAAAAAUAUAACAAAAGUUUUAGCUCCUGGAAACAAAGUUUAUAUUGAUGAUGGUUUAAUUUCGUUAAUUGUGAAAAAAGUUGAAUCUACUAGUGUUGAAUGCAUUGUAGAGAGUGGGGGAAUGCUUGGUAGCAAGAAAGGAGUAAAUUUACCAGGCGUUGAAGUUGAUCUUCCUGCUGUUUCUGAGAAAGAUAAAGAGGAUUUAAAGUUUGGUGUUGAGCAAAAAGUUGACACUGUAUUUGCCUCAUUCAUUAGAAAUGCAGCUGGGGUAAGAGAAAUCAGAAAGAUACUUGGUGAAGAAGGAAAAAAUAUAAAAAUUAUUUCAAAAAUUGAAAAUCAUGAAGGAGUUAAAAAAAUUGAUGAAAUUAUCCAAGAAAGUGAUGGUAUUAUGGUAGCAAGAGGAGAUCUUGGUAUAGAAAUACCUCCUGAGAAAGUAUUUUUAGCUCAAAAAAUGAUGAUAGCCAAGUGUAAUAUGCUGAAUAAACCUGUAAUCUGUGCUACACAGAUGCUUGAAAGUAUGGUUAAAAAACCAAGACCAACUAGAGCAGAAAGUUCUGAUGUUGCAAAUGCAGUAUUGGAUGGAGCUGAUUGUGUUAUGUUAUCUGGUGAAACAGCUAAAGGACAGUAUCCGCUUGAAGCUGUAGAAAUGAUGAAUGCCAUUUGUGUAGAAGCUGAAGCUGCCAUAUUUCAACGUCAUGUAUUUUUAGAAUUAAGUUUAAAGGCACCUGUUCCAACUGAUUCAACGCACACGGUUGCAAUUGCUGCUGUGAAUGCUUCAAUGAAGUGUUUAGCUUCUGCUAUUAUUGUAAUUACUACAACAGGAAGAACAGCUCAUGAAGUUUCAAAAUAUAGACCAAAAUGUCCCAUAAUUGCUGUAUCACGUACUGCUCAAACAACACGUCAAGCUCAUUUAUGGAGAGGGAUUUUGCCUAUUUAUUAUGAAGGUGAUAGAUUACCAGAUUGGCCACAUGAUGUUGAUGCUAGAAUACAAUGUGCUAUAAAGUUUGGAAAACAUCGUAAAUUUAUCAAGACUGGUGAUGCGGUAAUAGUAGUUACAGGAUGGAGACAAGGAGCUGGUGCCACUAACACAAUGAGAGUAUUUUAUGUUGAAUAAUUUUUAAUCUACAUCUUUACUAGUUGACAGAUUUUAUUAAAUAUGAAUAUUUGUAAUUGAUUUUAUAUACUUUUAUACCAGAAGAAAUAAAAUAUUUUCACAUCA